UAGAAACCUCAUGGAGAAGUUCAUGAAGCAGGUCAUAUUUAAAUAUCUCAGAGCUGAACCAGAGGACCACAACUUCUUGAUGACAGAACCUCCUCUAAAUACCCCAGAGAACUGGGAAUACUUAGCUGAGAUCAUGUUUGAAACGUUCAACGUCCCAGGACUAUAUAUUGCUGUUCAGGCUAUUUUGGCAUUGGCCGCAUCAUGGACUUCAAGACAGGUUGGAGAACGAACUCUAACAGGAAUCGUGAUUGAUAGUGGUGAUGGGGUUACUCAUGCCAUACCAGUGGCAGAAGGUUAUGUGAUUGGCAGCUGUAUAAAGCACAUCCCUAUAGCAGGCAGAGACAUCACUCACAUCAUUCAACAGCUGCUAGAGAGAGAGAUCGGCAUUCCUCCAGAACAGUCACUGGAGACUGCAAAAGCUGUUAAAGAAAGGUAUUGCUACAUAUGUCCAGACAUAGUGAAGGAAUUCAGCAAAUAUGACGCGGACCCUGGCAAAUGGAUAAAAUGCAAGGGAAUCAAUGCUUUCAGCAAAAAUGAUUUUCAAAUAGAUGUUGGAUAUGAGCGUUUUCUGGGACCAGAGAUAUUUUUUCACCCUGAGUUUGCCAACCCAGACUUCAUGCAGCCCAUCUCAGAUGUAGUGGAUGAAGUCAUUCAGAACAGCCCUAUCGAUGUCAGAAGACCACUUUACAAGCCUGAGUUCCUCCAAGUCUGCCACUCUAAGAAGGAAUACGAGGAAUAUGGACCCAGAAUCUGUCGCCACAACCCAGUCUUUGGCAUCAUGUCCUAUGCUGGUCUUGCACUCUGCCAUAAGCCUAGAUAUCAGUUCAAUCAAUUUAUCACCUUCCUGUACUACACUUUGAUUGCCACUCCUCUUUGAAAAGGAAUAUUUCAGGCUUUGACAAGCUUAGAAUAGAAAGAACAAAGCUUUUUGUUUAUCAGUGAAAAUGUCAAAGCCAGGCACAAGGGUAUUAAGUGGAUUGGAGACUUGAGGCUUGUACUUUGAUAGCAAGCGCUGAAUGUUCAAUAUUCCAAAUGCAGCAUAAAAGAGGAAUUCAAGAAUUGCACAUUGACUGCAGGCUGGUCAGGUGAAGCCAUCAAGUGGGGACUGUUUACUUUGCAACACAUUGCAGUUUUUUUGUUCUGUUCACAAUUUAAAGGAUUAGGAUUUUCAACUAAAAAUGAAAAAUCUGUCAUCAUGUUAUUUCCGACCCAUAUGAUAAAAGGAAAAAUU